AUGCAUCCUAUACCCCUCGAAUCCGGUGAGGUGGAAGAAGAGAGUGGCGGGGACUCCAGGACGACCCUGCAAGCUGGAGAUGCAGAAAUAUUGCUGGACACGAUGUCAACAACUUCCAGUAAUCAUGGUUAGACAGUUCACUAAAAAUAUAAUUUAGCAUAAUCGUCAGCACGUGGCAACAUGUUAAAUCAACCCAUGUGUCUAGCCAUGUCUAAAGUUAUCCUCCUCUCUCACUUCAGAGGAGGAGGCCUCCACGGCGAACUGCAGCCCCCUGGCAAACGUUAUCGAAGGAGAACGUUCUGUGUCCUCACAGACAGAAGUUGACAAACUCAUACAAGCCCAACAACAAGAGAAAAAGGAGAAGGACUCAGGUCCAAGGUCAUCUUAAAAGCUAGGACUUGGCUAUCAGUAGUCUACUAGCAUUCUUGUUCAUUCUGUCUAGCAUUCUAACUAGUGACGCUUUAUGUUCCUCAGAAUGACAAAGACAUUUCUGAAGGACCACUGCAAGCAAAAUAAACUCUACAUGACACCUCGAUUGAAUGACACACUGUAUUUGCACUUCAAAGGUGUGUGUGGAACUAUUGUUGUUGUUUAUGGAUGGUUUAGAUAUAUUGUGCAUGAAUAAUUUAUAGAAAUUCAAAUCAUAAGCUUUGUGUGAUCUACAUAGAAUUGUAGGUGGAAUACAACUGCACUGUUAGUGUUCUUGUAGUAUUCUAAUGUUAUUUGUUUUAUGUUUUGUGUUUUCCCCUCUUAGGCUUCUCCACCAUAGAGAAUCUGGAGGAGUACACAGGGCUGAAGUGUCUCUGGCUGGAGUGCAACGGGCUGCAGCGCAUCCAGAACCUGCAGGCCCAAACAGACCUACGUUGCCUCUUCCUCCACCAGAACCUCAUACACAAUCUGGAGAACUUAGAACCACUCAGCAAGCUCUGCACCCUCAACGUCUGCAACAACUACAUACGCACCAUCAAAAACAUUGGUGAGUCUGUCCUCACUCUAUGUACCACACCUAUCAGGCUAUCUCAGUGCGUAUAAAUGUGUCUCCAUCAAUCUGAUUUGUGAGUAUUUUCCCAGCCUGCCUGCCUGAUCUGGGCACCCUGCAGAUAGCCCAUAAUAAGCUGCAGACAGUGGGAGACGUGGAGCAUCUGAGUCAGUGCCUCUCCCUCAGUGUACUGGACAUGUCCCACAACCUGCUGGAUGACCCAGACAUCCUCACUGUGCUGGAGAGAAUGCCUGAACUGGUGAGAAGAUAUGCUCACAACCGGCUCACACAGAUGAACGAUACUGUAUGCUAAUAGAGAUCAUAUCAUCUUUAUUCAUUAGUAUGCCCAUGCUCAUGACACACUGACUAUAACAUGCUAAUACUCUUGCUUCAUGCUGAUAAUAUACCCAAGCCUGUGUAUGUGUGUGAUUACACCCUUGUUGUUCCCUCCUCCUCAGCGCGUGCUGAACCUGAUGGGAAAUGAAGUGAUAAAGAAAAUCCCAUACUACAGGAAGACUAUGAUCAUACGUCUAAAACAGCUCACGUACCUGGAUGACCGACCUGUGUUCCCAAAGGACAGGUGCAUUACCAGUUGGUCUCUAUUUGCCUGUGCAUGUCAUACUUAUGGUUGAAUCAUUGUGUCGUCUGUGAUGUUGGUCUUUGGUUGCUGUAUGAUUAUCAUGUGGUUGCGGUAUGAAGGGCGUGUGCGGAGGCGUGGGGGACAGCGGGUCCGGAGGGGGAGCGCAGGGAGAGGGAAUCGUGGCAAACGCGAGAGAGAAGGAAGAUCCAGGAGAGUCUGGACGCUAUUGCAAACAUCAGAGACCAAGCCAGGGAGAGACUGCGACUCAGAGAGCUGCAAGAGAGAGGUACGCACACACACACUCAUAUCCACACAGACACACACACACACUUGCACACUCAUACACACACGACGUAGAGAAGGUUUGAUAAGGGUGUGUUGACCUUUUCUAGGGGAGUGUGAGACCACCACAACUCCAGAACUUGAGAGCCCCAGUGAAGAGAACCAGAGCCAGAAUCAGAGCCCGGGCUGGGAGGAGAGGAUCCAGGCGUUUGUGGAGGACAGUCUGGAGGCCCAUGAAGAGUUCCUACAGACACAGAGAGAACAGCCAGAAAAGGAGGAGCUAUGGAAUGAACAGCCACAGAAGGAGCAGCUAGACAGAGAACAACUAGAAAGAGAGGAUCCGAAGAGAGAUCAGCUAGAGAGAGAGCACCAAGAGGGACAUCAGCUAGAGAGAGAGCACCAAGAGGGACAUCAGCUAGAGAGAGAGCACCAGAGGGACAUCAGCUAG